GAUCGCUCCCUAUAUAAAUUGAAAACGGUGGCAUGAAAACGAACAAGUCAAUAGGAAAUCAGCGCGAUCCGGGAGACAAGUUUACCAUCACAGCCAAGAUCACUAGUACAUCCAUUAAGAAAAUUAAAAUGUUUGUUGACUUUAUCUCGUUGGAAUAAUAUCACCUAUUCGGGCAACAGGAACUAUAUUUCACGGGUAUUCGAUCUCGUUACCAUCUUUCAUCAAAGAAUAACGCCAAGAGACCGAUUUGAUCUAAGCCAAAUUAAUAUGGAUGCAUUAACUAAAAGGGUUGUCAUGUCUUUAAUUCUUUUAUUUUUCAUCGUUUGUUCAUACGCCUCACCAACGCAAGGCCAGUGGAGUACAUGCUCUGUUACUUGUGGAGAUGGAACUCAAACCCGAACUCUUCUUGAUGGUUCAACUGAGACGAGAACAUGUAAUUUACAGUCCUGCUCAACCCCGUUAACACCAUUAACUGAUUGGAGAGUGCUCAAUUGUUUCUCCCCGUGUGCUUCUGGUAGAAUGCGUGCUCUUCAAGUGAGAGAAUGCCUGGCAAGUCCAUGUGAAGCAGGAGCAUUGGUCCGAUUCAUAUGGAUGACAUGUCAAGAGUGUGAAGCAGAUGCCAGUCGAGUACACAUGAACAAAUAGCGAAGACGAAACGGCGAUCAUUAGUCAGUCGGACGCGAGAUGAAGGAAUAUAUUUGUGAAAUGUGUAUGUAAUAAUGUUGCAGGUACAUUCUACCUAAACGAUAAUUAUAGACUAUGUAUUCAUACACUUUGAGAAGAAAAAAAAAUGGAGCCGAUUAGAACUUUUCCCCAGUUUCCAAUAUGCAAAACAGAAAAGGAAGUCUUAUACUAUGUGAUCUUUGAUGCAGGAAACAAUUGUUGUUCAAAAAAAAAAAAACCAAAGCGAAUCUUAUGAGAACUAUUUUUCUCAAGGUUCUAAUUAGCUCCGUUUUUAUUUUAGUGACGUGUAUAUAUAUGAUUAUUUCUGUUAGCUUUGUAUUAUAUAUUUGUACAUACAGUAUUAUUAAUUCUGAUAUAUAAACAUAUUAUUAUUAUUAUUUAUUUUGGAAAUGAAGAUGAUACAAAACAUAUAAUUCAGAGAACAAAAAAUUAACAAACCAUGAUAGAAAUUAACCACUGGAAUGCCAGGGCAGACUAUAGUGAAAUAAAUAACUGUUGCAAUUACCCUUCUGUCCUACUUCCAAACACAGAAUGAUAAAACACAGUACAUGAUUUCAAAAUAUUAAAAUAAUUGCAAGUCACUGUUUCCGUAGUGGGAAGGAAGUUAUUUUUUAUGUACUUUAAUUUGUGGCGCCUCAACCAGAGGAAUGAGUCCUUUAAAUGUUGUUAAUUGCAUAAUAAUUUAUGUAAGGUCUUAAGGAUACAAAUAUCAAACUCUUUGUACUCGGAUGCGUCCGAUUUGUAAUGCGUAGUAAAACAAUACAUACAUUAAGUAUUUUAAGAUGUAUAUAGGGCCUACUCAUAAUUGUGCUUUCAAAAUAAUAACGUAAUGUUGUACAGAAGUCAAAUCAUAAUCAGACAAACUGUUUCAAAUCACUUGACAACCAAUUGAUAACGAGUUGGUCGAAUUACUGCAGCUAAUUCAAGUGUCAGCAAGUGAACUGAUAGUGCCAUGUAACUCAAUCAUGCCAAUGUAAUCAAGGUAAAUUUUCUAAUAAAAACGCACCAAAAGGGCCAAUUCGUAUAUAGAGGUCAAUUUACAUAACCUCGAAUAACAUUACUUAACUGCGAGAGUGGCGUGAUUUGGAAAUAACUUUUUCAGACUUGCUUCCAGAAAUAUUUUCUUAAAGUAAUUACAAAUCGCACCUGAUCUAAUCAUUUGCUUAGAAAAUAGCAGCAGGUAGAUAUAAUUCAUGUGCAUCCAAGUAAAUCAUUACGUUUGAGUCCGCCUGAAUUUUCACAUGGUAUUAGAUUGAAAUUGAUAUUAAGAGAGCUCAGUAAUAAUUUUCUGAUUACUUAAUGUAAAAAAAGAUUGAUUGUGACUACAACAAAAAUACACGGUUUAAAAAGGGUCCUCAUUGCUUGAUAUGAGCAUGUAAAUUUUUCAAUUAUUUUAGAACUUUGAUUUCACCAUAUUCGUUACAAUAGAAAAUAGUUUCUUUCAUGAUAUUCAUGAUGUUAUGAAUACAUAAAUUAACAAUUAUUUGUACAUAAUGAAGUAAUCAAUGUUAUUUUGUUAGAUUGUUACUUAUCUUAUAAUGCUGAUGAUAAAAAGAUAAUCAUAAUUACCAAGUAUUUUAUAUAAAAGUCAUGUAAAUAAAACUCUCAGAUACCUACAAUCAA